AGUUUGACCUUGAACAACUGAACGUUCUUUCUCUGACUCUAUAAUCCAUAACAAUGGUUCAAGGUACUUUCAAGCGUCAAGUCCAAGUUGGCCGUGUUGUCCUCCUUAACUACGGUGCCGAUGCCGGUAAGUUGGCCGUCAUUGUUGACAUCAUUGACCACAACCGUGCUCUCAUCGAAGGUCCCACCACUGGUGUUGUUCGUCAAUCUUUCCCUUUCCGUCGUAUGGUCUUGACUCCUCUUGUCCUUAAGAAGCUUCCCCGCAACGUUGGUCAAACCGCUCUUAAGAAGGCUAUUGAAAAGAACGACAUUGUUGGUGCUUGGAAUAAGACUGCUUGGGCCAAGAAGAUUGAACAACGUAACGUUCGUGCUAACUUGUCUGACUUUGAUCGUUUCAAGUUGGCCAAGCUCAAGAACCAACGCCGUUUCGCUGUUGCCUCUGCUGUUAAGGCUGCUAAGAAGCAAUAAAUGUAUUUAAUCAAUUCCAUUUGAUCAAAAUUUAUUGUUUUUUUUAUAUAUAACAAAAAAGAAGCAAUGAAUAAAAAAAAAAUUUAAAAAAAAAAUAUUACAAGAUCAAGAA